AGCUCAUCAUCAAAUACAGACAGAUACAUACCAAUAGAUUAGAGUACCACAUAUGGAGACGAUUACAUCUGCUGCUACCAGUGACCUAAUUAGCCGUGCUCUCUCCUUUCUCAUAGACAAGUUCACGAAUCGAGAAUGCAUGGAGGAGAAGGUUCAGAGGCUGCAGCUUCUCCUGCUGAGAGUUCGUACGGUUAUCGAGGAAGCAGAUGGGCGAUGUAUCACAAACUCCGGUAUGUUGAUGCAGCUCAAGCUGCUUUCAGAGAGAAUGUACCGAGGGUACUAUGUGCUGGAAAACUUCAAGUAUAGGCCCAUAGUGCAGAGUGCUGGACAGGAGGUGAGUAGCUCCCCUGCACUUGCGUCAUCUUUUGGGGCUUCUAUAAAACGUUUCCGUAUGAUGAGUAACAGUACUACUAGGAGCUCAACUGUUGAUGAUCUUGACGGUGCUUUGCGGAGCUUAGAAACUAUGGUGGAUACAAUGAAAGAGUUUGUUAUGCUUAUUGGGGGAUGUGAACGCGUGUGCUGCAAUCCCUAUGACACGUAUCUUUACCUCGAUAACUUCAUGUUCAGUCGCUAUGUGGAAAAGCAGCAUGUUCUCAACACACUGCUGCAGAAAAAUUUCAACAAUCAGGGUGCUCCAGCCAUUCUUCCAAUCAUUGGUGGUCACAAGGUUGGCAAAAGAACUCUUGUUUCUCAAAUAUGCAGUAACGAGAAGAUUCGGAGCCAUUUCUCUUCAAUAUUGCAUAUUUCUGAGCAAGUCAUAAGCAGAAUAGAACAUGAGAAAUUCCCAUGCGUGAGGACUUUGGUCGUGAUUGAGUUUAUGUUAGAUGUGAAUGAAGACGAUUGGAUGAAGUUCUAUUCUUGUGUGUCAGGCAUGGGUGAAGGAACCAAAGUGAUAAUCAUAAGCAGGCUUGAAAAGCUUGCAAGAUUUGCUACAGUAAAGCCAAUUCAUAUGAAACUUUUGUCACAAGAGGAGUACAGCUAUCUCUUCAAGGUAUUGGCAUUUGGAAGCGCAAAUCCAGAGGACUAUCCACAGUUAUCAUCCAUCGGAAAUGAGUUAUCAACGCUGAUGGGUAGGUCGUGCAUCAUUGGAAACGUUCUGGCUGAUGUACUUAGAAAGAAUCUCAACACCCAAUUCUGGUUCCAUGUCUUAAAAAGGUACAAAGGGACCUUAGAGAACAAUAUGUUAUUGUUUGGUGACCACCCAAGAAGUAUUGCUUGUAAAGAUCGUCCAAUAGACAUCACAAAAUUGAUCUACUAUCCGGCUCCAUUUCAGAUCUUGCCUCCUCACGUAGGAUGUGAUGUUUCUGCAACCCAGCUUCCUAGGGUUACAUUUGGGGACUUGAUAGUAGGCUCAGCUGCUCCUCCAAAGGAGAUGUUCGAGCUCAUGACAUGGGAAUCAAGGCUGCCUCCUUAUUCCAAGAUUGUACGGAUCUGUGUUCAAAAUAAGACUCAAAAUGCUGCCCCAUUGAGAAAGAAGCGUCGAGGAGUAGUUGCAUAAUUAACAGCACUAAUCGCCAAUCUGUGCAUUCGCACAGGUUAAUGGAGCAUUGCAUGCUGUACAUUCACAUUAGGAUGGAAGAGCACUGAUUUUGAUUAUGAAGAGAUCUGAGGUUCUGCACUCUGCCAUUAUGCUUAUUCUCCUUCCCUUUCUGUUACAAUUUUGCACAGGAUUUUGUAAGAUGGAUAUUAGCAAGUUUGGAUUUCUUGUCACAUUGCAGUAGUAGUCAGUUUUGUUUUACAUCAUAUAGCCGGCGGCCAGGAUGUCGCCACGCGAGCAUGGAGGCCGGCAGCGGCAGCCGGCUCCGCAGGCGUCUUACAUGUUUCAACGACGGAGCUGCAGGUAAGAAGAAGCGGGCGCACAAUGGCGUGCGCAGGUAAGCCGUUCGACGUAAUGCCCGCACAAAUGGAUAUGGUGUCCAUCGUGCCGCUCGGCAUGCUGGGCGGCCAUGGGCGACGGGGAUGGUGAACAUCUGAUGGUAGGGUGCCUGGUGCUCCAUGUUGGAUGAGUCAGCGCUCGCGCUCGAGGCUAGCCGCAGUGGCGGGAAGUGCAGGACACCGUCGGCCACCACCCAGACCUUUCUGCCCACUGAAAAUCGCAUUCACUCUAAGGUGAGCAGGGAACCACAGCUAUUUCUCUUCCUAGCUGACGUGAAUAGGACACAGAUGUGUGAUGUUACAAAUCUUUAUUGGACAAAAGUUUUUCUUCCAACAUCGAUGCGUAGUGGUAGCAAAAUUGGUCAGUUUUCUUUCAAAGAAUUCGUGUGAGAUAAAAUGAUCAAAUUCAAUUUAUCAGAGAGAACCUAUUAAUUGUAAUUUUUUAGGACUUGAGCUAACUAAUAUCAGAGAGAGUGAGUCUUUCCUAUGCUAUUUUUUUAGGACUUGAGUUAAACUACAUUUGCAGUGAUGGAAUGAAACUCGUGCCAACUUUAGGAUACAAUUUAAUUUUUUAGCAUGCAUGUUUGGUUAGCCAAAUAAAUUUACCAUGUACUUCCUCCGUCUCAAAUUGUUGGUCGUUUUGGUAUUCCUAGGUUCAUAGUUUUUCUGUUCAUCUAGACAUACACUGUAUCUAGAUACGUAGUAAAAACUAUAAAUCUAGAAAUGCCAAAACGAGGUACAAUUUGGAAGGAAGGAGUAAUGCACUAAAAUAUGUUUUCUAAUGGGAGAAAUAUCAGAUGCUAGGAAAAAUUUGAGAUGAUUGGGUAUUCUAAUUCACAAUGGUUUUUAAGAUCAUAGAUCAUUGGAAAAUUUCAAGUGCACCUUCCCUCCCUUAUCCACUAUCCUGUGAAAAUUGGUGUCCUUUUUUCCAUCAAAUUUAGUGUUCAUGCCUUGAGUGGUUACAAGCAACUUGUAAGCUUUGUCUGAACAGACUGAACAAACAUAUGAACAUGACGAUUAUUUUUAUCACUCGAUGAUGUUAUCAAAACCAAAUGCUUAUGAGCGUACAGUUUCCAGUGACUAUUUCAAUCUUUGUUGGAAUGCAUUGUGAUGGUUACGAUAGGACGUGCAAAGCGCAAUCAUCUAAAUUAAUUUUUGCCUAAAACUUCCAUACUAUUAGUUUUGUAUGAUAUGUUGCUGUGACAGCAAGUGAUCUCCUUCUAAGGUAAGAAAGAUGGAAGCAUUACUGCAUAAUACGUUAUUUUGUGUCGGCUCAUACAUGCAGGUGCAAAAGAUAUGUGAGUUAGGUCCAUUUGCACCGGUGCUGCUCGAUCCGAGGGCGAGUGGCAGCAGUGACCAUGGCCUGCGAUGUGCUCAGGUCUCGCGGCACUGGUGUAGAGCUGUAAAAAAAGCUCGAGGAUCGCAAAUCGCUCGAACUCGACUCGCUAAAAGCUCGGCUCGAGCUCGGCUCGAGACUCUGUCAAGCUCGAGCUUGAGGCUACAGGCUCGAUCGAGCUCGGCUCGUUGACAGCCUUACACUGGUGGCUUCUUUCUCGAUUAUAAGAUUACUAGUAGAAAUGCACGUCCGUUGAUACGGGUCCUUACUUACUCUCACGUUAUUAUUCGCUUGUUCCUAAUAUGUUAGUUUCGCUUCACAAAAUGUUGCCAGUAAUUUGUAGGUGGUUUGAUGCCAUGUGUUUAUUACGUGGAACCAACAUAUGGAAACAAAAAAAAUUCACUGCUUAACCUCCGCUCUAUC